CCAAUUGAAGUUCGCGUUACGCCUCAUGAAAGGGUCUGUGAUUUUGGUACGCGUGUGGAACUAGAAUGUCUCGUUUCCGGCUAUCCACAUCAAAUAAUCUACUGGCUACACAACGCCAAACCUCUCAAACUGAUGUCCAAUCCCUCUUCUUCCUCCUCCUCAUCCUCCUCCAGUCGUCACAGCGUUCAGCGUCGCGAAACCAGUGGAGUUCAAACGGUUCGAGAACGGCUCAUAAUCAAUUCCUUUAGCUUGGAGGACGCGGGUGUCUAUCAGUGUGUUGCGGAAAGCACUCUAGCUGACGACGCAACCACACCGACUCCAAAAUCCACCCGCGGAUCAUCGUCAUCUUCUGCUGCUUCGACCUCUUCUGCGAUUGUUGCUGUGACUACAGCUGUUGCCAAGGUGACAAUGGCGACAGAGAAGAUGGAGGAGGGGAGAGUGUCAGUUGGAGAUCUCGUGGACAAUGCCCAGGACACCGCACAUUUGGUUAUGGGCAAAAUGAAGCCAAUGCGGGUUUUCCAGUCACCCUCUGCCCCCGAAGCGCUAACAUCGACAUCCCAGAUUCUUCUCUCCAGAUCCCAAGGCAAUUUGAAUGCUACACUUGAGUGUCGCUUUGCCGCCAAUCCACUGCCAACCAUUCGAUGGUUUCGAGACGACCUACCACUAAGCCACGAGGCGGAAAUAGCCGACGACAAAGGUGUGGUGGUGUCAGAGGUGGUUAAGGAUGCGCAUCGGCCCUACUCCUUAAUUACGCGUCUGCGGAUCAACUUGAGCCAGGUGAGAUUGCAGUACUGGCGGGGGGUCACUCACCCACCAUUUCUAUAA